AUGGCGGACUUAGAAGCAGUUCUCGCCGAUGUGUCCUAUCUUAUGGCAAUGGAGAAGUCGAAAUCGUCAACAUCGUCGACGAAGAAUGGGCGUCGACUGACACUUCCUGAUAGAGACUCGGCACAUGUGAUUCGCCGCUAUCUGACAGAAAGAGAUCUCCUCCAGUUCCACAAGGUGUUUAAUGAAAGGCUCGGGUUUGAGCUUUUCGCCGCGUUUUGCAAAAGAAAGAAAUUUAAUCAAAAGGCGCAUUUUCAUGUGCCAAUGUUGUUCUACAGACAAAUUGAAGAAUUCAAAUCGUCGAAUAUCGAGCCAGAAGAUCGUCACAACCUGGCGAGGGAAAUAUAUGAUACAUUCGUCAAACGGGAGCUGAUUGAAAGGCAAAAAAGGCAGAGAGAAAAUGAUGGUUCGCCCGAUUGCAAUUACUCUCCUGCUGAAUCUCCUUCUACGAAAAGUCGCAAGUCACCAAUGAGUACUUCCCCACUUGAGCCCCCACCGUCACCAGGAAUCAAAACAAUUUCCGGUUUUGAGCAAUCUUCCCAAGAAGUCCGCCACAUCCUCGAAAACGAUGAUGUCAUCAUCGAGCCCACCGUCUUCGAUCCAUUCCACUGCGCGCUUCUUGACCUUUUCAAACGCACUGCUUGGCCGCUUUUUACCGAAUCACGCGAGUUUACCCGCUAUUGCCAAUGGAAAAAUAUAGGAUCGUUUUAUUAA